AGCUAUGAGAUCAGUUGAGUAGUGAACUUCGAAGAGCGCGCAAGGGCUUAUCUUGAACUACUUCUGAAAUGGCCAAUUACAGUGCCAAGGAGUGCCUCUGGAGAGGCGAACAACGGCCGAGUGUUCUGAAUCCGGAGGCCAACAUGGGGCAGCUUAUCUGGCAUCUACUGUCCCACAUUCCUAACCGGGUUAUCCAAAUCAAUGCCGAUACGGAUUAUCGUAUGACCUGUGCCGAAAUGCGCCUUAGAAUCGUACGAGUGGCGCUCAACUUGCGGAGGCUGGGCUUUCGAAAAGGUGACCUUGUGACUUUAGCCUGUGCCAAUAGUGACAACACUGUGCCUGUUUUUGUGGCCUGUCUGACCAAUGGCAUGCCAAUUAACCCGUUGGCUCCGGUGUUCAACAAAGACGAUCUGGCGCAUAUGAUGAAGCAAACCCAAUCCAAAGUGGUGUUUUGUGACUCGAUUAAUCGAAGCGCAGUGGAGGCCGCUGUUCGAGAAUCGAUAAAAAAUGCGCCUAAAAUAUUUAUUUUGGGUCCCACUGAAGGUGAGGCGCUCUCGGUUGAACAUCUUUUGAAACCCGUUGAAGGAGAGGAACAUUUCGUACCGGAACAUUUAGGGAAUUCUUCAGAACUGAUGGCAAUACUAUUGUGUUCAUCGGGAACUACCGGUUUACCCAAGGGCGUUUGUUUGUCCCACGCUCAUCUGAUUGAAGGGGAUGUUUUCUCAGAAGCCUUGAACGCAGGUCCUAUCUUCAACUUCAGUUCCCUUUUCUGGGCCACAGGAUUGUACGCGUCUCUGACAUCGCUCUACUAUCUUCGAACACGCAUCAUUACGAAGCAUUUAUUCACUGAACAAACACUUAUGGCAAUCAUUCAGAAAUAUCGCGUCGAAGAUGUUUUCACUCCGCCGGCCUAUGUAUCGGCGCUCGUCAACAGUCCUCACUUUGACAAUGUCGACUUGAGUAGCGUCAAACGGUGGACCAUAGGAGGAUCGAUGGUUUCGGAAGCGAUUAGGGCCAGACUUGACGAAAAACUACCGAAUGGACAAGCAAAGCCCGUUUAUGGCGCUUCCGAAAUCGGGAUCAUCACAAAAUGUGACAAAAGUUUCAAUAUAGGAUCCGUUGGACAAAUGAUAACGAACUUGACCGGAAAGAUAGUGGACGAAGAUGGGACUCGUUUGAAAGCUGGAGAAGUUGGAGAGAUCAGACUUCGGUACAAGCACAAGAUUUUGGGCUACUUCAACAAUCCAUCGGCAACGGCGGAUGCUUUCGAUGAGGAUGACUUUUUCAAAACCGGUGACAUUGGCUUUUUCGACAAGGAUGGGCACCUCCACGUGGUGGACCGUAUUAAGGAUAUCAUCAAAUACAACAACUUCCAAGUGUCACCUUCGGAGCUGGAGGCAAUCAUAUGCCGGCUCGAAGGCGUCGUUCAGGUUUGCGUAGUCGGAAUACCGCUGCCGGAUGCAUCGUCGGAUCUGGCCACGGCAGUUAUUGUCCGGAAAGACGGUUCAAAUUUGACCGGGGAACGUGUCGUUGAAAUCGUCGAUAGCCAAGUUAGCGAUCACAAGCGUCUGCGCGGAGGAGUUUUGUUCGUGGAUAAGCUACCCUCGUCGGCAGCCGGAAAGAUUUUGAGAAGAAAAGUCAAGGAACUGGUAAUUGAUUUGAACAAGAAUUGAUGCUGAAUAAUUUUAAAAAUUUAUGCAAACGAAAAGGAAGAAGGAAGUACAAAAAUUUUGAUAUAAUAAAACAAUGAGUUAUCUGCUUUUAUCAAUAAGUUUGCUGUCGUAUCGUA